CUCUCCCUCUGCUUCUCCUCUAUAUCUGCCCGCGCCAUGGACUUCUCCACUCCUUUCUCCCCCAAUGGUUUCUUCCAGCCGCCCCCUCCCAUGGUCCGGCUCCGGCGACAACUCCGACUAUGGCGGCCAGCUCUCCCGCCCUUGCAAGCGUUGGAGAUCGCUUGUCAUGCAUGUGAGGAGGAGGAGGAGGACCAUGGACCAGGGAGUGUUUGGUUUUAGAGGGAUGGUCGUUGGUGAGGAGUUCAUGGCCAUGUUCCUCCCAUUUUACGCCAAUAUGGUUCAGAGAGUGGUUUCAGAGGAGGUGGGGAAAGCAAUAUCCAGACAUUUCAACGCAGCAGCAGCAGCACCUCCAAGGCAACUAGUAGGCUGGAACCAGCGUCCGAGGUAUCAGCUCACGUUCCUGAAUGGUCUGAAACCUGUUUACACCAUGAUGAAGUUGGAAGCCAAGGAUGGAUCGGCUCUUAGGGUGGCCAUAGUCGAAAACCUCGAAAACGAUCAGUCGAGUAUCGUCAGGUUUGGUUAUCUUUCUUCAGCUAGGGUUGAGGUUGUAGUCCUCCAUGGAAAUUUCAAUGCUAAAAAUGAGGAAAGCUGGACCCCUGAAGAAUUCAAUAAGCAUAUAGUGUGGGGGCGAGAGAAGAGUGCGAAACUCCUCAACGGUGAUCUGACACUGAAACUCAGUGGAGGGGAGGCUUUCCUUGAAAGUGCCAACUUCACCGAUAACUCCAGCUUUACCAGCACCAAGAAGUUCAGGCUGGGGCUGAGGCUUGUCAAUGCUUCUGGAGAGAGGGUUCUCGAAGGAAUCACUGAGCCUUUUCGCGUGAAGGAGCGCAGGGUCGAAGGCUUUGAAAAGCACUACCCCCCAUUGCUGGACGACGAAGUUUGGCGUUUGGAAAGGAUUGGUAAGAAUGGGGCUUACCACCAAGCCUUAUCAGGCAGUGGGAUUUAUACUGUGCAGAAGUUACUACAAUCUUAUAAGAAGAAUGAACAGAAGCUAUUCAAGACUUUCACCAAGAUGUCACCGGCAGCCUGGAAAGCCAUCAUAGGGCAUGCCAUGACAUGCAAAGUCGGCGACGCUCUCUACUUGUAUGAAAUUAAGGAAAACAACAUGGGCCUUUUCUUUGAUGCCAUACUUCAGCUUGUUGGGGUGAAGUUUGGUGAUUGUUACAAGCCCGUAGAUCAGCUUGACCAAGUAGAGAAGAAUUUAGUCGAGAUUCUGAAGCAAGGUGCUUAUGAGAAUAUGAAGGAUAUUCAGUAUGAUUAUAAGAUGUUCAACCACUCUCCUGUACCACUUCAUAGGUUUCACGCAAAGGGUGCUUCUGGGUCGAGCAACGUUCUUCCGAAUCAGCAGAUACUGAAUUAUGGUCAAUACAGUAGGUUUCCAGGCGAAUGCUCAAAUAGUCAAGGAUUUGAAUCAAUGGAGAGGGUUUAUUCUUCCCAACGAGCCAGCAAUCAGGCUUCAGUGGACAUGUCAGGAUUUCUGCAUGGUCAGACUUCCAAUGAUGUUAGCCAUCAAAUAGCCACACACGAAUUUACACCAUAUAAUCCAAGCCAAGGAAUUCUCUUAGCUGGACCAAGAAUCACACAGUUGCAUAUACCAAAUACUGGAAGAACAGAUUUUGGUCCAGAUGUUACUCCUGCUAUUGUUCAUGACAACAUUCAGGCAGGCAGGUCAGGUUGCACUUCCAAUGAUGUUGGCCAUCAAAUAGCCACAAACAAAUUUACACCAUAUAAUCCAAGCCAAGGAAUUUUUUUACCUGGACCAAGAAUCACACAGUUGCGUAUACCAAAUACUGAAAGAACAGAUUUUGGUCCAGAUGUUACUCCUGCUAUUGUUCAUGAGAACAUUCAGGCAGGUCAGAUUGCUAUGCAAUUCGGUCAGAAUGGGCAGAAGUAUUCUGAUUUUCCUGAAGAAUCGUAUACUAGCUUCUCUGUCUGUAGUUCAACGUCUACAUACACAAACACGGAUUCUACGCAGCCUCACUUCCAGCUUACAAGCAACAGAGAGAGUUUCAUCAACCAACCUGACCCACUGUAUAGUGGCCAGACACUAAUGCAUUCACAUCGAGUUGUGACUGGCUUUCAGCCAUCAAGAACAAACAGCUUUGACUCGGUAGAAAAUGAUCAGCUCAUACAUCGCUUCAUUUCUAAGAUGUUAAGCAGUGAAGGGGCCACAACACCUUUGUCGCCGCGCAAGUGGGUCAAGAUCAAGGCAGCAUUGAAGCUAGCAUCUGUAGGGCGACUCUCCAGGGCCUCGAGAAGGGGUCUAAAUAGUCCCCUGGGAAGGCCAAGGCUGGUACCAACAAUAUGACCCUUCUGAAUGGAUAAACAUCCAUCUUCAUGUUGUACUCCAUGGUAUUGAUAAAGAUAAAACCUAGUUAGUUGAAAGUAGCAGUGAUGUUGUCAAAUAGUCCGGUAUCUCUACACAAUGGAGCUUGUAUUGUGAUUUGUUAGCAACAAUAUGCUUAUGUAAAGAAUUCUGAAUCUUAGUUGUUAUUGAUGAA